AUGAUAUCUAGAUCAGUGAUACAGUUUGCAGUUGCAGCUUUGGCAUCAUUGAAUGUUGUUUCUGCUACCGGCUUAGGCUGUUAUAGUUCAGUGAGCGUAGCCGAUGACAAGGGGCAAUAUAUGUAUCAAUCCUCGUCUUAUUGUGUGGGACAAUGUCCUGACUAUGCGUUUGUUGCUACUAAGAAUGGUAACGAAUGUUAUUGUUUGAAUUCCUUCCCAUCCGGCUCACAAUCAAACUCUUGUAAUAUGCCAUGUGUUGCAUGGCAACAAGACAAUUGUGGGGGUUCUAAUUCCUAUCAAGUCUAUCAAGGCUCUGGUAGUAUUGGAGCUAACUCCGCUUCUGGUUCUUCCUCUGCCGGCAAUUCACCUGCAAGCACAUCCACUAGUUCUUCAACUCAAACAACUACAUCGAAGCCUACAACAGGUACUUCUUCAUCGUCAACUUCAACUUCAACCACAUCCAAGUCUUCAUCCACUGAAGUACCAUCAAGUGACACUUCGGAGCUGAAAACUUCCAGUGCUACCUCGACAGGUGCAUCAGUAGUUACCAAAACAACAACAGCUGCUAAUUCUUCUUCCACUUCCCUGGAAACAUCAACUUCAAGUAGCAACAGUUCUCCAACUCCAGCAGCAACCAAAAAAUCGUCUAAUACUGGAGCGAUUGUUGGAGGAGUAGUUGGAGGAGCAGCCGGAUUGGCUAUUAUUGCUUUGUUGGUCUUCCUCUUUGUUCGUCAUAGACGUAACGCGGAUGAUGAAGAUGAUGAAGAAUUCUUUGAACCUCAAACUAAAUCAGGUUCUACAAGAGCUGUUUCUAGAGGUGCUUCCAAGAAGCAUGCUAAUCCUUUAGAAAUGCCUAUGACCAAUCCAUUCACACAUCCAUCUGAUGCUACAGUAGCAGCAGGAGGUGGUGGUUCUGCUGGAAUGGUUGACCCGCGGUUAAACCCAAUAAUGAUGGGAAGAAGACGUUUAUCAGAGGGCUCGCUUGUUGACGAGGCUGAUUAUUCUAGAAAGAUUCUCCUGGUAGCGAAUCCAGAUCAUUAA